UCGGAUUCAGCCAUUAAGUACUACACACAAAAACAAUCGACAUCAGGCUACAACGGCACCUCUGCUGAGCCCCACUUAUCGACCGACUACUGCGGUGUAUCGAUAACAACGCCAUUUUUGAAAAUACUCGCAAAAAUGUGUUCGAAUGUUGGCGUCGCAUUUCAUUAGCUUAGGCCGGGAUCGUAAAAUCUAAUUUGUUGAGUGUACCGGGUUGCCCGUGGAGGAACCACGUUGCACCGCGAUCUAGUUCAAACCAAAAUUGUAAGUUGCUCUUAGCGCUAACCGAUUGUACAGUUUUCGCGGGGUUUUCUGCAUCUCGAUUCGGGGACUUAACCUGAUCUGCUGCCCUGCUGCUCUGCUGUCCUGCUGAAGAUGUCCAGCGAGGAUUCCAGCUCCGUGGCUGUGGCCCUGCGCGUGCGCCCAUUGGUGCAGUCCGAGUUGGAUCGCGGCUGCCGGAUCGCCGUGGAACGCUCGGCGGAUGGAGCACCACAGGUCAGGGUGAACAGGAAUGAGUCGUAUACGUACAACCAUGUAUUCGACAUUAACGACACGCAAAAGGAUCUCUUCGAGACGUGUGUGCGGGACAAAAUGAAGAAGCUGUUGCACGGCUAUAACGUCACAAUCCUGGCAUAUGGACAAACUGGUUCUGGCAAGACCUACACCAUGGGCACGGCCUUCAACGGAGUGCUGGAUGAUCAUGCUGGUGUCAUACCACGCGCCGUUCAUGACAUAUUCCAAGCUAUUUCUGAAAUGCAGGAGGAAUUCCGUUUUGCGGUCACAUGCUCGUAUGUGGAGCUCUACCAGGAGCAGUUCUAUGACCUCUUUUCGUCGCAAAAACGGGAAAAGGCCACUGUAGACAUCAGAGAAGUCCAGAGCCGUGUGGUCAUGCCGGGCCUCACCGAGCUGGCAGUCAACUCCGCCCAGGAAGUGACCGAUCAUCUGAUGCGCGGCUCCGCCGGACGAGCAGUGGCCGCCACGGCCAUGAAUGAAACCUCCUCCAGAUCCCAUGCGAUAUUCACGUUGACGCUGGUGGCCACCAGGCUGGACAGCAAACAAGCCGUCACCACAUCCAGGUUCAAUCUGGUAGAUCUGGCUGGCUCUGAACGCUGCUCAAAGACCCUGGCCAGCGGCGAUCGCUUCAAAGAGGGCGUGAACAUCAAUAAGGGCCUUCUUGCCCUGGGCAACGUGAUCAAUGCCUUGGGAUCUGGACAAACCGCCGGCUACAUACCCUAUCGGCAGUCCAAGCUGACGCGUCUGCUGCAGGACUCCCUAGGCGGUAACUCCAUUACGUUGAUGAUUGCCUGCGUCAGUCCCGCUGACUACAAUGUGGCAGAGACACUGAGCACUCUGCGCUACGCGGAUCGGGCCCUGCAAAUCAAAAACAAGCCGGUGGUCAAUCUCGAUCCGCAUGCGGCGGAGGUUAACAUGCUGAAGGACAUCAUCCAGAAGCUGCGAGUAGAGCUCUUGGCGGGCGGCAAGAUGAGCAGCUCUAUAACCAGUGCAGUUGGAGCCGCUGGCUUGGGUGCUAUUCCCUGUGAGGAGUCACUAGCUGGUUCAAUGGCCAAUGCAGCCGAUUAUCAGCGACUCAAGGAACAGGUGCGCACCCUGCUGGACAGGAAUAGGAAACUGCAGCAAGAGCUUCAUCAGUCGUUGGCCGAUCUCGCCGAGAAGGAAAUGCGUGCCCACAUCGCCGAGCAGGCCCAUGAUAAACUCCGCAGCCAUGUGAUUGAGCUCAAAAGCAAACUGGAUCAAAGGGAACAGGCGGCAGCCGGUACCGAAAACGGUGAUGGUGACCAUCAACUGCGCGAAAUCUCACUGCUGGUGGAUCAAGUGAACGAUGAGUUGCAACGCACCCAGAAGGAGCUGGAGACCCAGGGCCAUGAGACGCGCCAGCAGCUCAGCAGUCGUUCCCAAUCGGAAGGGGGCGAUAAUGGGGGCGAUGAAGUGCACGAAAUGCUGCAUUCCCACUCGGAGGAGUUUACCAACAAGCAACUGAACUUCGCCGGCGAGUUGCGCAGCAUCAAUCGCCAGCUGGAUCUCAAACAGGAGCUGCACGAGCGUAUUAUACGCAACUUUAGCAAGCUGGAGGCGGAGGACGAGGACGCCAAGUUGCGUCAGUGCAACCAAAAGAUCGAUGACCUCGAGGCGGAGCGACGAGACCUCAUGGAUCAGCUGCGCAACAUUAAGAACAAGGAUACUUCAGCCAAGUUGGCGGAGGACCGACGCAAACGUCUGCAGCAUUUGGAGCAGGAGAUCUCCGAACUGCGCCGCAAGCUGAUCACGCAGGCCAACAUGCUGAAGGUGCGUGAAAAGGAGCGCGAAAAGAUCCAGAAUCUAAGCAGCGAAAUCCGCGCCAUGAAGGAAUCCAAGGUGAAGCUCAUCCGGGAAAUGCGCGGUGAAUCCGAGAAGUUCCGCCAAUGGAAGAUGGUACGCGAGAAGGAGCUCACCCAACUCAAGAGCAAGGACCGCAAAAUGCAGUCGGAGAUUGUGCGCCAACAGACGCUGCACUCCAAGCAGCGCCAGGUCCUGAAGCGCAAGUGCGAGGAGGCGUUGGCUGCCAACAAGCGGCUGAAGGAUGCUCUCGAGCGGCAGGCAACUGCGCAGGCCCAGCGUCAUAAGUACGCCAAGGAUCACGGCGGCUCAGCGAAGUCGCAGGCGCAGACAGAUUCCUGGGUGGAUCGUGAGUUGGAGAUCAUACUCUCGCUUAUAGAUGCUGAGCACAGCUUGGAGCAACUGAUGGAGGACCGGGCGGUGAUCAACAAUCACUAUCAUCUGCUGCAGCAGGAGAAGACCAACGAUCCGGCCGAAGCCAAGGAGCAGGCCGGCAUUCUGGCGAAUCUCGAGGAGGAGCUGGAAAUGCGCAAUGCCCAGAUCUCCGAUCUACAGCAGAAAGUCUGCCCCGCCGAUCUCGAUAGCCGCAUUCGCUCCUUGGCGGAGGGCGUCCAAAGCCUCGGCGAAUCCCGGGCUGUAAGUAAGCAACUCCUGAAGACUUUGGUGCAGCAGCGGCGUCUACAGGCGGCCAGUUUGAAUGAGCAGCGCACAGCGUUGGAUGAGCAGCGUGCACAGCUCCUGGAUGCUCAGCAGCAGGGGGAGACUGCAAGCAAACGCCUCCGUCUGGUCCAAUCCGAGCAUGAAGAGCAGAUGCUGGCCCAGCAGCGCGCCUACGAGGAAAAGGUCGCCGUUUUGAUCAGGACAGCCAACCAGCGAUCGGCUGAAUUGCAGUCGCCGGCGGAGGCGGAGCAGCAACGCAAUCAGAUCCUUGAAGAACUGCUCAGCAGCCGAGAGGCACUGCAGCAGGAGCUGGACAAACUCAAAGCCAAGACGAAGUCAAAAGCCAAGGCCGCCCAGGCUGCGUCUCAGAAUUUAGAUGAUAGUGUUCAGGUAGUGGACUUUAACGAAACAAUAGAACUGAGCGAUGUCAGCGACGAUCCCGACUGGGUGCCAUCCACCUCGAAAUCCAGGAGGGUUCCAUCCGAUGUUAGCCGCACUGUGAAGCCCCAGGCUGCGGAGUCAACUCCUUCGGAGAAACAGGAUGCCAACGUGACGUCAUUGGGCAAUGCAUCCAUCCAGUCGCUGAACUCCACAUCCGUCACAGAGGAUGGCAAACGCUGCAAAGGCUGCAAGUGUCGCACGAAGUGCAACACCAAGCGCUGCGGCUGCCAGGUGGCCAACCAUGGCUGCUCCGAGAGCUGCGUUUGCAAGAGGAAUUGCCACAAUCCAAUGAACAGCGAGGAACAGCCUCCGCAAUUCGGGGAAGGCGAUGGCCAAACUGCCGACGACAUCGAGGAGGAGGCGCCGGAAGACGCUGACAUCACGUCCGAUAACGGCGACGACGAGCCGCAGACAUCCAAGGAGAACACGCCGAAGUUCAUCACGCCAGAGGCGCCCGGCAAAGUGGCGGCUUCGCCAAAGCGUACGCUGGAGGAGCCGAAGGCCGCCGCCACACCGCUGGGCAAUCUGAACGGAGUGGAAGACUUCAAUGGACCCAAGUUGGCAAAGAUGUCGGGACUGGCGUUUGACACGCCCAAGCGGAAAUUCUUUUAAGGAGGAGGACCUCAUGCAAGCGCGGAUGCCCAUUUGUGGAACGGAAGGGCAGCAGAAGAGGAGCAGGAGAGGAGCAGAAAGGAGUCCCCAGAUGCCUGUCAGCACAUUUUGUAGCGGCUAGCUUAGACGCACUUUAGUAUGUUUGUUAUCUUUUAGGAAAUGAUCGUUAGGGAACUCGCAUCCACCAAGACUGUAUUACCCAUCCAUGUUUUAUAAUGUACCAAUAUAGUAUCCAAUGAUCUGCACUAA